GAUUACAGAGUGAAUAUCUUCCUAAGGCAGAGGUGGAACGACCCUCGGCUUAAACUUCCCAGUGAUUUCAGAGGCUCAGAUACCCUCACUGUAGAUCCGACUAUGUUUAAGUGUCUGUGGAAGCCAGAUUUAUUUUUUGCCAAUGAAAAGAAUGCCAAUUUUCAUGAUGUCACUCAAGAAAACAUCCUCUUGUUUAUUUUUCGUGAUGGAGAUGUCCUUCUGAGCAUGAGGUUGUCCAUAACUUUAUCCUGUCCUCUGGAUCUAACCUUGUUUCCAAUGGAUACUCAGCGUUGCAAGAUGCAGCUGGAAAGUUUUGGAUAUACAACGGAUGACUUGCGGUUCAUUUGGCAGUCAGGAGACCCUGUUCAAAUGGAAAAAAUUGCAUUGCCUCAGUUUGAUAUAAAGACAGAAGACAUUGAAUAUGGGAACUGUACAAAGUAUUACAAAGGCACUGGUUACUACACAUGUGUUGAGGUCAUCUUUACACUGAGAAGACAGGUGGGCUUCUAUAUGAUGGGCGUCUAUGCUCCAACUCUGCUGAUUGUUGUCCUGUCCUGGCUUUCUUUUUGGAUCAAUCCUGAUGCCAGUGCUGCUAGGGUACCAUUAGGUAUAUUUUCAGUUCUGAGCUUGGCAUCUGAAUGUACUACCCUAGCCCAAGAGCUGCCAAAGGUGUCAUAUGUGAAAGCAAUUGACGUGUGGCUAAUCACAUGCCUUCUCUUUGGCUUUGCCUCUCUAGUCGAGUAUGCUGUAGUCCAGGUCUUCCUGAACAGCCCAAAGAGAAUUGAAGCAGAGAAAGCCAAAAUUGCAAAGGCUGAACAAGCUGAAAAGGGAAUCAAUGCAGCAAAAAAGAAUACGGUCAAUGGGACGGGUACACCAGUUCACAUCAGCACAUUACAAGUUGCAGAAACAAGAUGCAAAAAAGUCUGCACGUCUAAAUCUGAUCUGAGAUCCAAUGACUUUAGCAUUGUUGGAAGCUUGCCUAGAGAUUUCGAAUUGUCCAAUUACGACUGUUAUGGAAAACCAAUUGAAGUCAACAAUGGUCUGGGAAAAUCCCAAGCCAAAAACAACAAAAAGCCACCUCCUGCCAAACCCGUCAUUCCAUCGGAAGCCAAAAGGAUCGACCUGUACUCAAGAGCAUUGUUUCCAUUCUGCUUUUUGUUCUUUAAUGUCAUAUAUUGGCUGGUAUAUUUAUGA